UCUUUCCAAGUAUUUUUAUCAUUUUCUCCGAUCCGCUCAUCAUCUAUUUCAGGUUGCAAGCAUCGAGUUUCGACGUGCUGAGAAUAGCAAGCAGCGAGUAGCGAUUCCAAAUGAUGUGGUCGGACGAAGUAGCUCAUAGUUCUCCCACUCCUUCCUUUUUCAUCCUCCCCUUUUCUCAGCUUUUAUUCCUGGAUCCGCCACUGACGGUACUGCCGACUUUUUUUACGCUUCUGGCCCUAGCAACGGCUUCUCCGAUCUUCGCCCUUGCCUCUAUGCUUCUCGCACAGGACUUGGCCCCUGAUUCUUCAAUCUCGUUUGAUUUCUUCGAUCUGAUCUCGCGCACCAGGGAGAUUGCUCCUCUCGCCGCUCUCUUCUCCUCAAGCUCUCUUGCUGCACAACAACGCAAGAGAUGGCGGCUCUUGGGAUUUCUUUGUUUUGUUGGUCGGUGCUGCGAGAAGAAGAAUAAGGGGACAACAAAUUGAAAGAUAAUUUAGGAGACUGAGUUCAUACUUCAUGAUGACUGACAAUCUUGAAUGAGUUUAUAUUAAAUUCAGAUGAGUAUAAGCUUAAAAGGAAUGAACAUACACAAAUGGAUAUUGAGCAUAUUAAAAAAAUGAGUUUUAUAUUAAACUCAAAUGAGUAUAAAACCUAAAAUGAAUGAGCAUAUUAAAAAUGAGUUUUAUGUUAAACUCAAAUGAGUAUAAAAACGAAAAUGAAUGAACAUACACAAAUCAGGUUUUGAAUUUUUUGAUACUCAUUUUGUAAGUUAUGUAUCUUAUUUGGUACCUCUUUAUGCUCGUUUUUAAAUGUUACACAUUUCAAAGGUAUCAUACUACAUUAUGUUAAACUCAUAGGAGUAUGUAUAAGGCCAAAAUGAAUGAGCAUACACAAAUGAACUUUUGAAUUUUUUGAUACUCAUUUUUUAAGUUGUG